GGCAGUGCAGAACAUUAGUCUCUCGGAGUUGGUCUUCAAGAAAGCUCUUCUAGUCGGGACAUCGGUGUGUAACCGGACAACGCAAGUAGAGGUUCUCGUGUUAACAGUAGAAUAAUCGAAUCAUAAGAAGAUGGCUUGCAGUGACUAUUUCAAAUUCACGCGGUUCGACGAGAGUCUUUUUUCGGACGAGUUGGGUUUCGAUCCGUAUGACGAAAAUAUAAAAAAAGAAGACGAAUUGCUGCAGGGCAUACUCGAAGAGAUCUUCAGUGAGUGUAGAACGAGUGGCGAGACAGUGAAUUGCGACCAAAUUAAAAGCUUCAUACUGAAGCGAGAGCCCGGUUUCGCGCAAUUCUUCUCAGCAAGAGAUGACAUCCCGCUUCUCUGGACAUUUGUGCUGAGAAAUUACCAGUAUUCGGCGGAGCUGCUGCUGCGCUUGGGCGUCAACGUAAACGAGUCCUGUCACCACGAAAUUGCGCUUGACGAUCUGGACGAAGCCAAGAAUAUUCUACACGUACUCCUCCAAAUGUUCCCGUCCAGCUGGAACGAGCAGUUCAUCGCUCUGACACUGGAUAACGGCGCCGAUUUUCAAAUCUGCGACUCCAGAGGAAAAACUGCCCUGCAUCACGCUGUGGAGUGUGGCAGAGUACAAGCGGCUGAGUUGCUUCUUGCAAAAGGAGCAGACGUUAAUGCCGUUGACGGCGAGGGCAUGACGCCGCUUCUCCUAGCAGCCUGUGGUAAAAAAGCCGAAGAGCUGCUGCCCCUUCUCCUGGUGAACGGAGCAGACGUCGGCGUCAGGUAUAGCGACGGCCGGAACAUAUUGCAUGAAUUGGCCUGUGCUAGUGAAAGCCAUCUCGAGAAGCUGGCAAAAGCAUUGAUCGACAGAGGCGUUUCGCUCGAUGACCGAGAAAAUAUCAGGCAGUUCCAGCCGAUCCAUCAAGCCGUCCACGAGGGAAAUCUCGAAAUGACGAAGCUGUUCUUGGACCACGGCGCGAACGUGAAUGCGCUGGCGGCGGACGACGAGACUCCGCUGCACAUCGCGGCUGCGAAUAAGAAUCUGAUAAUAAUAGAGCUCUUGUUGGAACGGGGCGCGAACGUCGAUCUGAAAACAACACUAGGCCGCAGCGCGUUGCACAACGUGCUCCGGACUUAUAAAAUUGAGGCGGAAAAGUACGCCGACAAGCAGGGCGACCCUAACGCCAAGCGCGUGUUUUUCCAAAGAAGUAGCCAAGCCGACAAAGUGGUGAAGUUGCUGAUUAAUCACGGAGCCGACUUCGCCGAGAGGGACGACGCAGGAAUGAACAUCCUGCACUACUUGGCAUACGCCGCCGUCGAGCAUAUCGCGCUAGCCAAGGUCAUGAUCCUGAAGGGCGUCUCGCUCGACGACAGAGAUGUCGUUCACGAGUACCAGCCGAUACACGUAGCGGUUCGCGAGGGAAAGGAUGCUUUGGCUACGCUCUACUUGAAGCACGGCGCGGACGUGAAUUCGCCGGCGAAAAACGACGUUUUUCCGCUCUACAUAGCAGCGGAAACCCAUAACUCGCCAUCGGUGUUGCUAACUCUGCUGAAAUACGGCGCGGACAUCGAUCAGCAAACUCUGGAAGGUCGCACGGCCAUGCACGUGACCUCCAGCAGAUGGUACAACAACGAGCAGAAUAUGAGAGCACUCCUGUCCGUGGACGCGGACAUGUUCAUCCGAGAUAGCAGCGGCCAGACGCCUCUUGACGUCGCCUUUCAUCCAACCAGAAGAUCUCCAAACCUCAUGUUUAUGAUCAAGACGUUAGCGCUGAGGGUGGCUUGUCUGCAGCCGAAUGACAAUCGUCGUUUCUAUCUUCAAAUGAACGUGCGCGAUUAUUUCGAGGACUGCUCCGAGCAAAUCAGAAGAAUGAAAAGGUCGAGAAUCGUCGAGGGCUGCACGCUCUUCGACUUGCUGACGAAAUGCCGCUGCAAGAUAGCACCGCUCAUGAAACACCCGAGAUUCAAGAGAAAAUACGAGCGAUGCGAUCUCCAGAAAUUUCCAACAUAUUGUAAAGAUAUCAUGAAAGCUUAUGAUAACGUAAAAGAAACUUUUCUUGUAAUCAAGGAACAGGAAGGCGACUGUAAUGAUUCCUUUCCUUCUGGAUUGUCAGGUAACGCAUCCAUGAGCGUAACUUCCAAAAAUUAUUGCCCCCACUGUGAUUUUCAAAAACUCGUGAGCGCAUCUCGGGGCAGCGGCAGUAUUUAAUUACUGACGGGGCUGUCGAAGGAGCGGCCAUAUGUUUACUUAGGAUUAUUAUAAACGAAUUUUAAAUAAAUCUAUACGUCUUAAAUUAAAA